AGAACGAAUGUUUCAUUUACACAUAUCUAAACUAAAAAAUUGAUUUGACGAACGCGAAAAAGGGAGAAGUGAAAAAUGUCCAAAGAAAAAGAGGACGGCGAAAAAAAGGAAAUGGGGGAGGCAGAUGGAAAAUCUUCAAACAGCGAUGAGUCAGAUGAGUAUCAAUCAGCCGGCGAGGGUGACGAUUCCGAUCCACUUCCUCCGGAGCCCCAAACCAACACACACCUGUGCGAAGACCCCACACCCGAGCACACACCUACAGCAACAACGGAGCCCCUAGAUGAAUACACAGUGUAUCCCAUGCAUCAAAGCGUUUUUGAGGAUGACAUCAAGACGUUGCAGCGCCGACUCCUCCUGCGCACCGCUCCGGAUGAGAUUGGCAGCAAAGACAAGCACGGUAAUACGCCACUGCAUUUAGCCGUUAUGCUGGGCAGGAAGCAUGCCGUGCGUCUGCUCCUGGCCAACAAUGCCCCCGUCAGGGUAAAGAACAACGAGGGCUGGUCUCCUCUGUCGGAGGCCAUCAGCUACGGGGACCGCCAGACAAUCACACAAUUGCUGCGCAUGCUAAAGCUACAGUCCAGGGAGCAUAUGGAGAAGCGCCGGGAGAAACUGGUGAAGGCCCUCAGUCAGAUGCAGGACUUCUACAUGGAAUUCAAGUGGGAUUUCCAGUCCUGGCUACCGUUGGUGUCCCGCAUCCUGCCCUCCGACAUUUGCAGGCUAUACAAGUCCGGGGCCUCCAUUCGAUUGGACACCACCCUGGUUGAUUUCAAUGACAUGAAGUGGGAGAGAGGUGACAUUUCGUUUCUCUUUCGUGGCGAAGCUCCGCCCAGGGAGGCCCUGGUCCUGCUGGACAACGAACAGGCGUGCUAUCAGCGUUUGCGCCACGAGGAGGCCGACAUGGAGGACGAAGUGGAUGGGCUCAUGUCAACCGACAUAAUGGCCACCCAAAUGUCCACCAAAACGAUCAACUUUGCCCGGGCGCAAAGCGGCUGGAUUUUUCGCGCAAAUCGCAAGGAACUCAUUGGCGGUCAGUAUCAAUGUGAGCUCUAUACCAUACAGGGCCUGAUCAUAAAGCAGCGCAAGCGACGCGAGCAUCUCUCACACGAGGAUCUGCAGAAGAAUCGCGCCAUUAUCGAGUCAAUGAGGGGCUCAGUGGUGCAACCCGAUAGGCGUCGCUCUAGCCUGACCAGCCAGACCACGACCUCGACCACUGACGGCGGUACCCCGGCAGCAACGAAUGGCAAUACCCAGACAGAGCUGCCACGCCGCAGCUCUUUACAAGCUCCUCCAGCCCCCGGGGUGACCUGGGAUCAGUACUUGGAGGCUGCAGAAGGGCGGUGCCCGCGUUUGGGACGUCCACUCGUCAACAAGCAGUCCAGCAAGAGCCUGCGUGCCACGGUCGCUAUGAGCACGGACUUUCCACUCAGCGUUGAUAUGCUCUUGGACGUCCUCGAGGUGGUGGCCCCCCUGAAGCACAUCAACAAGCUGCGAAAUUUCGUAACGCUCAAGUUGCCCACUGGAUUCCCGGUCAAGAUUGAGAUUCCCGUGCUGCACACUGUGACGGCAAAGGUAACGUUCCAGAAGUUCGAGUUCACCAACAGCAUCCCCGAUAAAAUGUUUGAGAUACCGUCAAACUACUGGGAGGAUGUGCGUCGCUUUCAGGACUUAUGACCAAGCGACGCCGACGCAGACGCUGAAGCUGAAGCCGGAUCCCAAACAUUUUCGACGGGUACGCAGCAUGGAUCCCAAACUGGCCUCUACGUGGACCUGAACUCUUAGAGCAAUGCGCGCAGACGUGUCUGCAGCAGAGCUACACCGAACGUAUGCGUAUACCCCGCUCCCCUCCCUAUCCUUGCCACUCCCUCGCAUAGAUCGUGUUGUAUAUUUCGCUGACAAAAUCCCAAAUUGCUCUCGAGCCGUUUUGCAUUUGUAUGUUUUCGUAGUUUUAAGAGAAUUUAUUGGCAGAAUUUAAACAAUGCAAGGCCUGUCUCUGGUCUGGUCUGCACCAAAUUCAUUCGUUACGCUGAAGUUAAGGAUACUUUCCAUUAAGGGUCGCUUACUAAAUUAAAUGACUAAGUGAUUGCCCUGAAAAUUUCAAUUUUUCGCCCACAAUUUGUUAUGUACUUCCAUGUAUAAUUUGUUUGUCGAUAAUUCUGCCUGUUUUAGAAAGGGCACAAACCUGUGUAUUACGUAUUAUUUAGUAUCCAAGUAUUUAUCGUAAGAUACAUCUGUACUGCACUUGGAACAUUCUGCAUUGAAUCGCACCUGUUUCAUGGGCCCCUAGACCUAGACCAAUUGCAUUAGUUGGAAUGAAUCAUUUUCGUAAUUGUUCAAGGUAGCAAAAGGAGCCCCAAGGCUGGGGUCUUGUAUCCGAAAACAGCUGCUAGUUUGUGAAAACCAUAUAUUUCUGUCCAGUCCUGUCCUAUAAAUUGCCUUUCUUAUCGUACACUAAUCGCCGCAUAGUAUAAAAAAUUAAUCUAUCACUUUUUCGAAAGAAUGAGAUAGAAAACGAAGGCAGCAAAUCAUUCAAAGUCCAUCAUAAUCAAAAUGUAGUUAGUUCAAUUGACCAGGCGUCGAUCAUAAGCAGAGUGUUCCACAUCAAUUGCAUUAUUUUAUUUAUCAUUGCAUUCUGUUUCAUUUUUAGUUACAUUUUAAAUGUAUAUUUUUAAGGUUCUUAAAGUGAGGCGUAUAUCAAUGUCCUGCAUCCCACACCCUAUCCAAAAAGAGUCUGCAUCAACGAGAACGCAUAGUAAAAUAUAUUGGGUUUUUUUUUUAAAUAUGCUACAAGAUGUACAAGAAAAACGUCCGUCAACAUUUUACCAAACAAUAUGAAUAAUCGCCCAGAGUAUUUAAAAAGUGCGCAAAAGUAAAGCAGCUUCACAAAUCAAAUAAAACUAAAUAUAUACAAACAGAUCCAUAUACAAUGUGUGCAUGCAUGUAGUUCCAUAUUAGCCAAUUAUUUUAAACUGUAAAAAUAGUGUUUGUACUCGUGUUUCAGCAAGGGCAGACAGGCCGCAAAAAAUCGUUUAUUUGUGUAAUACUGCCAUUGUUUCUCUUUUGGGCACAAUAUUCUGUUUUGUUUUUUUAUACUUUUCCACCAGACCGGGAAUAUAAUAAAAAAAAAUCAAACGAGAACCGAAAACGUUAAGUAAAACAUUUGAUAAACUGUAAUCCCAAACACACAACAAAAGCUAAAAAGAAUCUGUUGAGCCAACGGAUAUAACAAAAAUUGUAUGUGUAUUUUAUUAGUGGAGGAAAGAUAAAGAUAUAUUUAUACAUGUCAACGACACUACCCUAA